ACAUAUGUAUCCAUUUUAAAUUCUUCAAAAUGGCAUAUAAUCCUAAAUAUACAAACAUUUCAUAUACUCUACUAUAAUACAACAAUUGUAUGCUGUAACAUUGAGCGCUUUCAUCUAGCCUCGCUUCCCAUUGGCCCGGCGCUCUACCACGUGGUGAGGCAGUCACGCGCCUUCCAGGAACCCGUCAGGAAGAAGAAAAACAAAACAAACCCGAGAGAAGAGCGGAGCUGCUGCAGCGUGUGAACGGACUCCAUUGAAAAAAAGUGGGCCUUAUUACCUUUAACACGGGAACAAACGUGAGGUGCAACGACAAGAGAGACGCGUGUUCGGAGCGUCUUUACUACCUACAGCUCACAGAGAACCACAGCAGAUCAGACCAGACCAGACCAGGUUGAGCCCAGAUAUUGACUCCUUCUCCCCCCCCCCCGUACCCCCCCCCUCUCCGCCCCAGCCUUGCGGGCGAGCACAGCGAUUGUCUCCCUCAUCAUUUGAAUUAGAAGUGUUCUGAUCAGACUGCCUCACUCCACUGGGACUGGACAGGAGACCCGCAGGUCCCCCCACCCCCGCUGGAGCGCUAAGCUGUGCCUGGCAAUGCCUCAGCCCAGCGUCAGUGGGAUGGAGCCUCCCUUUGGGGACGCCUUUCAGAACUACUCCUUUGCUGAUCAGGCCCUGACCAGCACCGAGCUCCUGGCCACGAGCUCUGACCCGGACUUUAUGUAUGAACUGGACAGAGAGAUGAGCCACCAGCAGAGUCCCUGUGGAGACAGUAUGGUUGGAGCAGGGGAUGGAGGAAAAGAGGUGGAGGGCGGUGUGGACCAGUUCAUGGGUUUGGGAGAGACUGAGACGGUGGGCAGCAACUCAGCAUUUGAACAGUGGGACACGUACUGGGAAGACCUGACCAGAUACACACGGCUGGCCAGCUGUGACAUCUGGGGAACCAAAGAGGUGGACUUCCUGGGACUGGACGACUUUUCCAGUCCCUACCAGGAUGAGGAAGUGAUCAGUCGGACCCCGACGCUAGCGCAGCUCAACAGUGAAGACUCGCAGCCCGUUUGUGAAACCCUUAACCCCCUUGCUGAGUUGACUCUGCCCCCCCCACAGCCUCAGACUCAACUCUCCCAGUUACCUUGUCACAGUAAGAGGUCCGUGGUCCCAGGAUCGGGACCCGGCUCCGCCCGAGCCUCCUCCAGCUUCACGGCAUCAUCUCGUCCCUCGCGUAAUCUUCUUCCGGAUUUCCCUGAAGAUGCCCAAAAGGCCACCAGACCCGUCCCCUCCAGCACUGAGACCAUGGCUAAGGCCCAGAACCACAGUCAGGUCCAAAUCAAGAUCGCAGGACGCGGAACCAAAACGGCACUCCUGACGUCUCACGGCCCGGACUUUGUGCGUAAAGCUAAGGUUCGCGUGACUCCUGUGCAGAAACCUCUGCCCAUUCUGCCUCCCCAGCCGGAUUUCGAACGGCCAGAACCCCCUCUACCCAUUUCCCAGCCUCAAGAUGAGAAGGCUUCCACUUCAGCAAAUUCCACUCUGGUGGAUCUCCCCGGUGCUGCACCUGAGGAAUUAAGCAACCUGACCAGGUUUGAGAGGGCAGAAGAGACAGCACCGAGAGACAUGGCCGCCGGCUGGUCUCCCACUGUACCUCAACUGGUGGAGACGGGUCCGGUGUUGGACGACAGCACCUCCGUGCUGGUCAGUGUCGCCGAAACUGGAGCCGGAGCGAGCGGCGGCGGCGGCGGUGGCGUUCUGGUGGUGGAGGGAGCGGAGAAGACCAAGGAGGAGGAGCACAACUACUCUCUGUUCCUGACCCGCAGCCGUCAGUCCGGCAAAGUCCAACCCCAGCUGGAGGAGGACGAGGAGGAAGAGGACGAGGAGGAGGCAGAGGAGGAGGAGGAAGGAGAUGGGCUUGAACUGGACGAUGAAGACCACGACGAGGGUUUCGGUAGCGAGCAUGAGCUUUCUGAGAAUGAAGAGGAGGAAGAGGAGGACGAUGACUACGAAGCAGACAAGGACGAUGACAUGAGCGAUGCCUUCUCUGAACCAGGCUGUGAAAUGGAGCUGAUGGACGACAUCAAGGGUCUGACAGCAGGGGUCUCCAGCCGCAAGAGAGGCAAACGUCGCUACUUCUGGGAGUACAGCGAACAGCUCACCCCGUCCAAACAGGAACGCAUACUGAAGCCGUCGGAGUGGGACAGACACACACUGCCCAGUAAUCUGUACCAGAAGAAUGGGCCACUACACGGAAAGUACAUGUUGAAAAAGUCACGCCGCACAGACGUGGAAGACUUGACUCCCAAUCCGCGCAAGUUGCUGCAGAUCGGUGAAGCAGGGUUUUACAACCCUGACAGUUUUACUUCCUCAUUCCCCCGACCUCAGCAGGGGUUUUCGCAGCCUGCCGUGGUGUUUUUUUUUUUUUUUUUUUUUUUUUUCAGAGCCUGUCGCUUGAAAAAGAAAGCCCAGUAUGAAGCCAACAAGGUGAAGCUGUGGGGACUGAGCACAGAAUACGAUCGUCUGCUGUUUGUGAUCAACGCCAUCAAGGAGGAGAUUGUGGCGCGAGUCGAGGACUCUUCUCCGCGUCAGACCAACAUGAAUGACACCCUGGAGAGGCUCAUCCAGGAGACACUCGUGGCAUCACCUGUUGCCGGGCAGACGUCUGACUUUGUCAACAAGAUCCUGGAGAACACAGGACGGGGCGAUCCCACCGGCGGACUGGUCGGCCUGCGAGUUCCCACCUCCAAAGUCUAGACGUGCCCGCCGUCCACUGGGAGGAGUGGACUAAAUAUUACUACCAUGCUGUCCCAUUGUAACUAUGCUCCCCUCUGCAUGCACCUUCAACCCCCGCACACAUACACAUUGUUAGUCACACAAACACAUCUACCACACCGGCCCAGUGUGCGUACGUGUGCUUGUUGUUAGCCAUGCUCCCGUAUGGCAUAAAUUGUAGCUUCCUGGCUCGGCGCGACACGUGUCGAGUCAGCACGUCACUGUCUCCCAACCCAUCGUCGACAUCUGUUGGGAGUCUCAGCUCCAAAAGCAAACAGUGGUCUGGUGUAUAGCUAAUAGCACGUCCUAAAUCCAGUGGUGAUUAGUAGAUGUGUUUAACAUAGCAUUGUGUUGGAGGUCGGUGUCCAGAGACGGUCGCCGAGGGCAACCACUGGAAUACUUUUAUAGACAAUGUGUCUCGUGUUAUGAUGAUGGUGAUGAUGAUGGUGAUGAUGAUGGUGGUGGUGGUGGAGGAUGGACUGUUACACAUGGGCGACCAUCAGAGGUGGAGAAGGUUCCAGUAUCAUUUCCCUAAAGAGCUUCACUCUUUGGAGUUUGAAUCGAUCCCCUAACUGAAGCACUUCCCUGAACGAGGCUUCAGUUGCAAAAACGACUGCAGGAAGUAAAAAAGAAAAAAAAACAAAACAAAACAAACUGCAUGCUUUGAGGCCUUAAGGGGUGGCAAGAAAUAUUUUGUAUUGAAGGCCGAAAUAUCUUCAUGCCAUUCCCUGUAUGACAAAUCAGGUUGUUGAUACGUUGGCGUGAACUCUUGUCCUUAACGGAAACAAAAAAAAGCACUAGAAGCUGAACGCUUAAAAUUAGAAACUCAGUGACUUCCUGCUGGGUUGAAGUUCGUAGCUGGCACGACUAAGGUUGUUGACCAUGUGGGAAGGAAGUAACGAGUAUUCGGGUGUUUUUUUUUGGUUUUUUGUUUUUUGUUUUUUGUUUCUUUCCUAAGGCUCCGUGCCGGUUGAAACUGGAUUGAGGGAAACAUGCUUUUUUCUUUGUUGUAAAGCCAGUGUGGGAGCUAUCUGUGAGGAAGAUGAUGGUGGUGAUGAUGAUGAUGAUGAAAAAAAAAAAAGAGACACAAACAGUGAGACAUCUCCUCCAACAAUCAUACACACAUGUACAUAGAAGUGUCUCCCAGUGAACAACAGCACCGACUCCCUUUCUCUGUACAGUAGAGGUGACCAGGCUAAGAGUUUGGUGUGUUCAUACUAGUGUUUGAUCAAAAGUUCUAUUCAUUGUGCCUUGUUCAUGUGUGUGUGUGUGCGUGUGUGUAUUUCUGUAAGUCUGAGUGAGUUUGUGAGAGGGACUGAACCAGGACAGGAGAUUGAACAGAACCACCCCCCCACCCCCACCCCCCUGCGGUGCAGCCGAGACGAUGAAACUUUACACUGAGGCUGAGUUUGUCAGUGAAUGUGAGAAAGGGAGACACCUGUGGGGGUGGUUGUGUAUUUCAGUUGUUGAAAGAACUUAUGAAUGUACAUAAAUGAAAAAAAAAAAAAAAAAAA